AUGUGAAAAAGCACAAAUAUCCAGAUGUCAACUGCAAUGAGACUACAUGGGACAACCAAUGUUUAGAACAUCGCCAAAAACACAGCGAACCAUCACCUAUUCAUCACAAGCAGCCCGGCAGUGGAAAAGAAAUCCGCAAUCAUGCAUCAUCAUUUUCUGCCCAAAGGGAAGUGGAUCAACCUAAAUUUAUAUGCGAAAAGUGUGGUUCUUCCUUCAACCACAUGAGUUCACUGCUUAGACACAAGAAACAAAGGUGCAGAGCUUCUCAUGGGCAAAAAUAUGAAUGUCGUUAUUGUAACGCGACUAUGCUGAUAUAUAAGGAAUAUUUAGAACAUCUUAAAAGGCACGAGAAAUAUCGCUGCACUUAUCCCGAAUGUGGAAGGGAAUUCCACUCCUCAGUGGGAUUUCGACAGCAUUACGGAAUCCAUCAACCUAAACUUCUCUGUGAAAAUUGCGGCAAAUUCAUUUCUCUUACGUCUGGACUGCAAAAUCACAAGAGAAAAUACCACGGAGUUAGAGAUAUGAAAAUGUAUGAGUGUCCACAUCCCGAUUGUAAUGCGACCAUGCGUGGCAAAAGGGAAUAUGACGAACAUUUCAAAACGCACCCUAAACCAUUUCGCUAUCAAUGCAAACAUCCCGAUUGUGGAAAAGAGUUUCACCAAUCAUCAUUAUUUUUCCAGCACAAGAAAUUCUGUCAGCACAAAUCUAAGAGCCAAACGGAAGAUAAUCCGCAGUUGGGACAUACUUUGGCAGACACACGAAAUCAUCACAUUGCCGGUCAAAGUUCAGUGGGCCAACAAGAUCGCUCAAGUAACGAAUAUCCCUUAGAAAAGUUCAACAUCAUCGACGACCUAGAUGGUAGCAUCUUCGACGAUCUUAACAUCCCCGACGAUGUUGUUGUUGAGAUCGAAGAUAUUAACAUCGACGAUAGUGACAUCUUCGAUGGUGUUGUUUUUAAUGAAUGAAUGAAUGCUCGCCCAUAUAUUGCGUAUUAUUUAUUUGUCAUUCCAAAAUAUUUCGAAAGUGAAAAAAAAAAUGGAAAAGCAGC